AUGCAACGAUUCAUUAAACCACCACCACAGCAACUAAAGAUGACUCUUGUUCAGCGACGCAUGUAUUCAAAUCGACCAUUAAUUCAACUUUUGAUGCGUAUGACACCUACUCAACGGCGUAUCGCUUUAUUUGGUACAGGUAUUGCUGCGACCCUUGUGCUAGGCCCAUUUCUGCUGGUAGGUCUUGGUGGAAUAGCAGCAGUAGGCGCUUUUCAAUUCUGGAAGCUCAAGAGACAACUCAAUCAAGCAGCAAUACAGCAACAACCCCUGUCAGUCUGGUCAGACCUCUUUGCAAACUAUUACAAUGUUCCUUUGUCAAGAAACAGCGUAUUGCAGGAAGAAGCUCUGAAAAGAGUCGAAGAUUGGGCACAGACCGAUCAUGGUCGAUCGACUCUGAUGGAUCAUGGUAUCCGACCUGACGAUUUGACCAGUCGUGCUUAUUUACGAGGUACCUCAUCCACAUCCAUCAUGGUCCAAGGUAUUACACAACAGCGGAUAAAACUCGAAUUUGAUUUACGCGAUUGUAUCUUAUUGGUUUUUGCUGAUCAGGAUUCAAGUAUUAAGGAUGUCCAACUGGUCAAUCGAGUAGGACAUGCAUUGCAUAUACCACUGACAGUGCAACAACAAAGAACAGGAAGGGUUAUUGAAGGUGAAUUUCAUGAUAUAAAAUAA